CAAACAAAUAUUUUAACGAACGAUCGUCCAUCUUAUAAAUAUAAUUCAAAUCAUCGUACAUCGUUCGAUGAGUUGAGAACAACUUUAUCCCCCCACGGAAAUUCCUAAGGUUACCGCAUAAUCUUCUCGCGGCUAAUUAGCAUGGAUUAAUGGAUCUGUGUGGUCCGACAUCUACAGACAAACCUAUCGCAAUAAGAAUGAACCGAAUCUCUCUAUUGAUUCACCUGGAAACCAAAUCGAUAUCCGUACGAGGCACAGGGGCUCACUUCGUUACAGAUCGGCCAACUUUCGUCGGAUCCAACAGAGAGACGAGCCAGACUCGCCGAAUCGAAAAAUUCUCCAGUCCAAGUUUCGCGUUUAUCGCGAUCAUCACGUUUCGUUCAUUCGACACUUUUUUAUUCCAAAAUUUUAGUUUCUUUCGUACUUUAUAGGACAAAAUGAUUAACCAGAAGAAGAUUACCGAAAAUAAUAACGAAAAGAAAUCGAAUGACAUUCACAAAAAGGAAAAUGAAACGAAACCACGUGUUAAGAGAUAUUUAACGAAACACAUGAAAUUGUAUCCGGAAUUAUACAGAAGCGAUGUUUCCAUACAUCCAAGUUACACCACUCUUAAAAAAUUUCCUUAUUACGUGGUCUGCCGGCACCGUGUACAGAAGACCAGGAAGCAGAUCAGACGUCAAAUGAACCGCAACAUCAUGCAUUUCGCGAUGAUGCAGAUGUUCGCCAUCGAUAGCGUCAGGAUCGACCGGGUAUUCAGUUUUGGGAUACCACAGGAGACAUUGAUUGUCCCCGAUUUGCUAAGCAAGAACGAGAGACGUCACAUCAACGAACUUCUCCGUGUCAAAUAACGAAACAACACCUCGUUAUAUUGUCCUUCCAACGUUCAUUGUGCUUGAUAUGUAACGACACGUGCAAUCGAAUAAACCUAGAAUUUCUACAUUGAACAAAGUGUGGGCGAGUCUAUUUUCUUCCUUCAUUCGUGAGUUUGAAAGACACAGGGCGUGUGGAGCGAAAUUAGAAGUGAAAACAAAUUCGAUCCGACGAACGAAACAAAGAAAUACAUUCUCGCGUUAUAUUAAAACGAUUAAACGUGACGUUUUCUCGAGAUAAGGAUACGAUGGAAAUGUAAGAGUUAUUUUCGAUUAUUUUUUUUUUAUUCAUUCGAUGAGAGGAGGAGCAUUAUGUUUCGUAACAAGUAUCAACACGGACUUAUGUCCAUUUUGUACAGCUGUGGAUCGUCACCGCUCGAAUUAUGGGAUAUGCAUGUGAAGAAUGGUUAUAUUCGAAGAGUAACGGACGAUGAGGUGAAAUCUUUAGCUUUGGAAUUAGCCGGAACCAAUGUUACAACAACUUACAUUUACUGUCCUCGUGGCAACAGGAAAGCUUCCCUCGGCAUUAAACUUCCGUUUUUAAUCAUGAUUAUCAAGAAUAUGAAGAAGUACUUCACGUUCGAAAUAACAAUACUCGAUGAUAAAGAUAUGCAUAGAAGAUUUCGAAUGAGCAAUUUUCAAAGCACCACUCGGGUUCGACCAUUUUGCACGUCGAUGCCGAUCGGUUUAUCUGGCGGUUGGAAUCAAAUUCAAUUUAAUCUGUCAGAUUUCACGCGAAGAGCGUAUGGCACAAAUUAUAUGGAAACUACGCGAGUACAGAUCCAUGCAAACUGUAGGAUUCGACGUAUCUAUUUUGCGGACAGAUUAUAUUCCGAAGAUGAAUUGCCAGAAGACUUUAAACUCUUCCUGCCAAUUCACCGAAAGAAAUGCAUUCGAGAAAGAGAUGUGAAAGAAAUAGAAAAGAAAGAACCACCGGAAGAAAUCGAAAUUGAAGAGCCACCACCUUUCGAAGGCGUACCAGAAGAGGAACGAGAAGAGGAAGAGGAGCCUGAAGAAUUACCAGAAGAAUUAGUAGAAGAGAUACCCCCAGAGAUAGAACGAAGAGAAAUAAGAGAGGUGGAUGAAGAAGAGGAGGAAGCUAUAGAACCUGAAUUUGAAGCCGAAGAAGAAGUUGAAGAGGAAAUCGAAGCUGAAAUAGGUCCUACUGCAUAUGUUACUGAAGAAGAAACUGAAGCAGAAGAGCCAGGCGAUGAAGAAGAAUAUGCAGUUCCAUAA